GGUGUGUGUGUGUGUGCGUGCGCGCAGAUGUGUGCGAUGAGGUUGACGGGGAGGAGUCAUCGAGGCUGGAGUUCAUGUUCCCGUUCUGUGCGGAGGAUUACGAUGUCGUUGGAAUCUGUUGUCAUAUCGAUGAGGAGCAUGCGGUGGAAGUGAAGAAUGGGGUGGAUAUACCAUCACUUCUUUGCUAUGGCUAUGGCUCUUAUCAGUCUCACUUGGGAGAUAGAAAGAGAAUAAAGGCGUACAACUGUUCCUGCCAUGGGCUACCAUGUGAGGAGUUGCGAUGCAACUAUAAACUAGAUAUCAACGGCAAACACUCUACACACGUAUUGCAAUGGGCAAGGUGCAACUAAGCAAAUGCUCCAACAAAUUUCUGCACGAAGCCAAAUUCAUCAUACGUAGUUGAUCUGCGAGUCAUAGAUGCAAGUUGGAAGCCUAGCCACACGUGGUCUAUCUGCUUUCAUAUUCAAUCCAUCCUUUCCAGAAGCAAUAGCACUCCGCAAAUGGUGCAUCGCAAAUGCUGAAAAAAUCAACAAUCUUCCAGCAACAAAUCUGCAAAGAGCUGCUCAAAAGAAGCCUACUGCUGAUGAUAUCAUCUCAAUUGUCGAUUUACCAACAUCGGUAACUGAGCCUGAAUAUCCAACCGUACAAGCCACUGUUCAAGUGGUUGACUUCAAUCAUAAUUUUUACUACUUGUCUUGCUCGAAUUGCAAUAGAGCCACUGAUGCAUAUGGUGAUGGCAGCUUCUGGUGUAACUAUUGUGACCAAAAAGUGCCACCAUUGCCCAGGCUCAAAUUCAAUGUGGAGAUAGCAGAUCAAACUGGAUCCAUCCCUGCCACUGUAUUUGCAGAAAAGGCAGAACAGCUUUACGACAUCACUGCAGUAGAAAUGGUCAACAAUACAACCGAUGGUAAUCUGUCAGUUGAAAUGAUUCAGAAGCUAUCCACUCCCAAAAAAUGGGUUCUCAUCCUAAAGGCAUCCAUGUACACGUAUGGAGCAAUUACCCAAUGUGUGUUCAAUGUGCACUCUGUCUUCGACACAAUUCCUUAUCGGCAAGCAUCAAGCCAGAAUCUAGGCCCUAACACCCCGAAGAAGCGUGGAGCGAAGGCACCCUCCACAGCAGACUCACCAAUCCCUUUUGUGUAAUUAGCUUGGCCAUGACUUCAAAGUGUUGCAAAUAUAUAAAACCUACUUCCAAUAACAGGCAUGAGACACCUCGUGCUA